AUCCCGCGGGACCGGAAGCAGCGUUGCGUGUUUGGUGGCGCUGCUAGUUGUCCAGCUGCUCAGCGGUUACUUCUACAUUUCACAAGACAUUGGCCAGGCAGCGUUGUAUUUCCUGUGAGCGCUUCUGGAUCUCUGGGAUCCUCGAUCACUUCUUCAGUCUUCACCAUCGUCAUCAUGCCAGCUGCAAUUGCAGAUACCAGUCAGAUUAUCUGCGAGGUCUGGGCAAGCAAUGUGGAGGAUGAGAUGAGGAAGAUAAGACAGAUCAUUCAAAACUACAACUUCAUCGCUAUGGACACAGAGUUUCCCGGAGUGGUUGUCCGUCCUAUCGGAGAGUUCCGCAGUACUGUUGACUACCAGUAUCAGCUUCUGCGGUGCAAUGUGGACCUUUUAAAAAUCAUCCAGCUGGGCUUGACGUUUAUGAACGAAGAUGGAGACUACCCACCAGGAACCACAACGUGGCAGUUCAACUUCAAAUUCAAUCUGACAGAGGACAUGUACUCUCAGGACUCGAUAGACCUCCUCCAGAACUCGGGGCUGCAGUUUAAGAAGCACGAGGAGGAGGGCAUCGACACGCUUUACUUCGCAGAACUCCUAAUGACAUCAGGCCUGGUGCUUUGUGAAAAUGUCAAGUGGCUCUCAUUUCACAGCGGCUAUGAUUUUGGCUACCUGGUGAAGUUACUCACAGACACCAGGCUACCGGAGGAGGAACACGAGUUCUUCCAGAUCUUAUAUCUCUUCUUCCCAGCCAUCUAUGAUGUCAAAUACCUCAUGAAGAGCUGCAAAAACCUCAAGGGGGGACUCCAGGAAGUGGCAGACCAGCUGGAACUAAAAAGGAUCGGCAGGCAGCACCAGGCUGGAUCAGACUCGUUGCUCACUGGAAUGGCUUUUUUCCGCAUGAAAGAGCUGUUUUUUGAGGACAACAUCGACGACGCAAAGUACUGCGGGCGGCUCUACGGCUUGGGAUCGGGUUCCUCACAAAGCCAGAACGGAAUCUCCAACUCGUCACAGGAGGAAACCAACAACAAGCACUGACCAAACGAUCGAGCGACAACGACCAAGUGGAUGAUGCACUUGUUUUAAUCCCACCCAGCAGCUAUUCUCUUUCCUAUUCCUUAAAGAUGAUUUCAGAUCAUUCAUUCAUUCUAAAGGGACAUUGGAAAAUGCCAACAAUCACAUUCUGUUCAGCUUGGUAGGUCAUCACACUGCGACGUUCCAGGACGCCCGACAUGUUCCUAUUACUCCCAUCUGCUGCUUUUGAAAAUUUUAUCUUUUGUUUUACAGUAUUAAAAACACAAACGUUUUAAGCAUGGGACCAGCGCUUGUGUAUAUUACUGCAUUUUAAUAUACUCGAUCCUUUUUAGAAAUGUUUUGAUAUUUUCUAGAAAGGCUCAAUUGUUGUCACUGGGAUUAUAGAAAACAUCCAUUCGACGCUGGAAAACGGGGAUAGGGAUUUUAACAUAUGCUGGCGUGCAUGUACAUUAAAAUACAAAACUCUUCUUGGCUUUUUUCCUGCUAAGAAAAAGUUUUAGAUUGUCGAGUCAUCUUUGGGAACAGGAGUCUGCUGGUCCUUUGUACAUUUUAAAUUUGUUAAAUUUGUUCGUCAUGAAUUCAACUGUUUGUCAUGAAUUCAACCGUUUGUGGUACAUUUUGUUUUCAUUUCACCUGUUGUUCAAAGCUGUUGUGUAUUAAAAUGUUUUCUAUUGUUAAUG